AUGUUCAUCGGAAAACAUCAACCAGGCGUGAUAAGUGGCACCACCCCUACAGGAGAGACUGCUGCUGGAGUUGAGGUUGCUAUGCCUCCUGGUACAGUUGUACAUCGAGACACGGUAUUAUUCUGGAUGCCUCCAGAAGCUGGUGAGCCUGAUAAUUAUACGACAUCUUACGAUACUUUCCCACCAGAGGCUGCUGUUCUUCGUGGUCUCUCAUUGUUGAAUCUCCCUGCAAAUGCAUUUUCUCUCCUAGAGCCACCGGGUGUGAGUUUCUACGACAGCUUUACCAGGAAUGCUCUACGUCAUCCUUCACUUGUUGGAACCAACAGCGGAUUCGUUGUGCCCACCCAUGGUAUUCCUUUCACCCAUAGUUGCUAUCCCAACGCUAUCUGUUCCGCUGACCUUCACGAGAGAACAAUCGAAGUCCGACUUACCAGGCAUGUCGCACUUCAUCAAGCAAUCACCCUUCCAUAUUGCCCUUUGAAUGUGGAAAUAGAUGACAGAGUGUCUUAUUUGAAACAGUUCCAUGGAAUUGAACGCCACGAGUGUCCUUGGGGAUGUGAACAGUUAACUAAUCUUAUCGGCGGCCGAAGAAGAGCAGAAUUCUUCCAGAUUUAUGCUGAAAUAGAUACGAUACUACUUGGGGGUGAAUUUGAGAUUCAGGUUCAUUUAGCAUAUAAAAUAGCCAGCGAGCAACACCUCGAAGCUUACUUGUGGCCAUUCUUAUCGAAAGCUGAGUUGCACGCUCGCAAGUAUGAUUUCCCUUGCCGCGGAGGUAUUCAUAGGAUGUUAAUUACAGUCAUGGAACAACAAAGAGGUAUCAAUCACCCUUCAGUUGAAUUGGCAAGAAAGUUUGAACACGGUACGUUUGGCUUGGGAGAUAAUCAGAGAGUGGAUGAGGAUGUGAACACUUAG